UAAUUUUUUCCACCUUCAAUUCAAACAGCAACCGUGGCGUUGUCUCCUCGCUUUAUCCAAAACCCUGUCUCUCUCUCUCUCGCGAGCAUUCUCUCUGUUUCCUCAGCAGAAGCACACACACAAAAAAAAAAAGAACUGUUAAAAAGCAGUUCAAAGUGAUGGCUUCGAAUGUAGUCAACCGGUAUUGCUCUCCCAUGGCUCUUUCUCGUUCGCCAGGGUACAACGGAUUGCACUGUGUCAAUCCAUUUGUGGCAAAUGGCAACAUGUUGAAUUUAGUCUCAACUAGUCUCUCUAGAAAAUUGUGCUUUAGUUUCAAAGUUGAUGGUAGAGCCAGAGCUGCGCUGAUAUCUGGGGAAGGUGAUUUCCUGUCUUAUCCUAGCAGCAAUACAAUUUCAGGCCGUGGUAUUGGCAACAAACAGGUAGGCCAACCCCCUGGAACUGAGCUACAACCCGAUGCAGUAGCUUUUGGAACAUUUGCUGGAGAAAUAACUCCAACAGGGAGUUUUUUGGCUGAUGAUGAUGAAUUUGACCUCGAUAGUCCUACUGAAGGAUUUUCUUCAAUUCCAGAGGCCAUUGAAGACAUCCGUCAAGGCAAGUUUGUAAUUGUUGUUGAUGAUGAAGACAGAGAAAACGAAGGGGAUUUUAUAAUGGCAGCAUCACUGGUAAAACCUGAAGAUAUGGCCUUUAUUGUGAAGCAUGGAACUGGAAUAGUUUGUGUCAGCAUGAAAGGUGAAGACUUAGAGAGAUUGCAACUUCCUCUAAUGGUUUCACAAAAGGAGAAUGAUGAGAAACUUAGUACAGCUUUCACAGUGUCAGUGGAUGCAAAAUAUGGUACUACAACAGGUGUCUCAGCUCAUGACAGAGCAACAACAAUUUUAGCUCUAGCAUCAAGAGAUUCAAAACCUGAGGAUUUUAACCGCCCAGGCCAUAUUUUUCCAUUGAAGUAUAGGGAGGGAGGAGUUCUGAAAAGGGCUGGACACACAGAAGCUUCAGUUGAUCUAGCUGUGUUGGCUGGGUUGGACCCUGUUGCCGUUCUGUGUGAGAUUGUGGAUGAUGAUGGUUCCAUGGCUAGAUUACCAAAGCUUCGGCAAUUUGCACAGGCUGAGAACUUGAAGAUUAUUUCCAUUGCUGAUUUAAUAAGAUAUAGGAGGAAAAGAGAUAAAUUGGUGGAGAAGGCUGCUGAUGCACCGAUACCAACAAUGUGGGGCCCUUUCAAAGCCUACUGCUAUAGGUCACUGCUGGAUGGGAUUGAGCAUAUUGCUAUGGUUAAAGGAGAGAUUGGAGAUGGGCAAGGCAUUCUUGUGAGGGUGCAUUCAGAGUGCCUCACUGGUGACAUAUUUGGGUCAGCUAGAUGUGACUGUGGUAAUCAGCUGGCUUUGGCAAUGCGACAAAUUGAAGAAGCUGGAAGGGGUGUAUUGGUGUAUCUUCGUGGACACGAGGGAAGGGGAAUUGGGUUGGGCCACAAACUCCGUGCUUACAACUUACAGGAUGAUGGGCGUGACACAGUUGAAGCAAAUGAGGAGCUGGGGUUACCUGUUGAUUCUAGGGAGUAUGGCAUUGGAGCCCAGAUACUACGGGAUCUGGGUGUCCGGACAAUGAAGCUAAUGACAAACAACCCUGCAAAAUACGUCGGUCUUAAAGGUUAUGGUCUGGCAAUUGCAGGCAGAGUUCCACUGGUAACACCAAUAACGAUGGACAACAGGCGAUAUUUGGAGACAAAACGUGCAAAAAUGGGGCAUAUAUAUAGUGUGGAUUCCAAUGGUCAUGUAAAUGGUAAUGUCCAUGCUAAUCACGGAGCGAACACUGCCAGUCCAUCUGAUGAUGUAUCUGAUAAAUAACCAUGUUUUUUUAUUUUUUAUUUUUGACAACCUGUGAUGCAACUUGAGAGUGUUAAUCAUGAAUCUUGUUAUGAGAUUUUUGACAUGGUUUGGAACUUUAGACAUGAAAUUAAAUUGCUCAUUUCAGUUGAAAUAAGAAUCAGAUUUGCAGUUGUGAAA